CGGGUGGUGCUGGAGCUGCCGCGGCCGCUCCAUCCUCCCUUUCCCCCCCGGCAGCGCGAUGGGAGCGGGGCCGGCGCUCCUGUGCCCGUUCCUGUGCUGGGCUCUGGCGAGCGCGGCCGCGGAGCCGCGGCUGCAGCGGGGCAUGCCAAAUGUGUGCCCAGUGUUUGAGUUGGCACUGGUGGGACACCAAGAGCCCUGUGUUCAAGCCUUUAGUCGGAUGGUCAAGAUGUGGAAACAAGGGUGUACAAAGAGGAGAUGGUGUGUGAGCUAUGAGAGAAGGUCUGGGUACUACACAGUUUACAAGCAGGUGUACAGGAUGGAGCACCAGACUGUCUACAAGUGCUGCCCUGGGUGGGUCCAGCGUGACAACGAGCCGGGCUGUUUGCACUUGCUCUGCACAGCUGGCACUUGUUUCAAUGGAGGCAAAUGUUCUGAAGAAGGAUCCCAGGUGUGCCAGUGUCCUGCAGGAUUUCAGGGUCCUCGCUGCCAGUAUGAUGUCAACGAGUGCACCGCGGAGAAUGGGGGCUGUCAGGACCAGUGCUGCAACACCGUCGGCAGCUACCACUGCAAGUGUCCAGCUGGCCAGAAACUGGAGGAAGAUGGAAAAUCAUGUGGAGACGUGGAUGAGUGUGCUGUGGUGAACGGUGGCUGCCAGCAAGGCUGUGUCAACACUCCCGGCUCCUUCCACUGCCAGUGCCGGGCGGGAUUCCGGCUCCACGCCGACGGACGCACUUGCAUCGCCCUCCAUUCCUGCAGUGUUAACAACGGGGGCUGUGAGCAGGAGUGUGUUCAGCUCGAUGACCACUACAAGUGCCAGUGCCAGCCAGGCUACCAGCUGAGGAGGGAUGCCAAAUCCUGUGAAGCAAUAGACCCCUGCACAAGUGGGAACGGAGGAUGCUCACAAAUCUGUCAAAACGCGGGAGGAAUUGCAAAAUGCGAGUGUCAUCCAGGGUAUUAUCUUUCUGCAGACAAAAAGUCCUGUUUAGACAUUGACGAGUGUGCAGAAGGCAGAGCCAGGUGUGCUCAUCGUUGUGUGAACACUCUGGGAUCCUUCACCUGUGCCUGUAAUCCCGGCUUCGAGCUGGGGGCUGAUGGAAAGCAGUGCUACCGCAUCGAGAUGGAAAUCGUCGAUAGCUGCCAGGAGGGCAACGGGGGCUGCUCCCACCACUGCGAGCACACGGCCGCGGGGCCCCGCUGCUCCUGCGACAGCGGAUAUCGCCUGGGCAUGGAUGGACAGACCUGCACGGAGGUGGAUGAGUGUGAGACUGGGGAGUCCUGCUGCUCCCAGUUCUGCAUCAACUACGCAGGGGGCUACGAGUGUGCCUGCAAAGGGGGGUUCCAGCUCAACGCCGACGGCUGCGCCUGCGACGAUGUGGAUGAAUGUCGUGUGGAUAAUGGCAACUGUGACCAUUUCUGUGUUAAUUCCCUGGGGUCAUACGAAUGUGCCUGUAAGGAGGGGUACAGGCUCGGUGAUAACAGAUGGGCCUGUGUCGCCCUAGGUGGGGAGGAGGUGGAUGCAGACGAGGCAGUGGGGUUCGCUGGUGCUCCGGGGCUGCAGUUCCGAGGUCCCCCCCAGCUCCUCCGCUACGCACUCGGGGCCCUCUACGAGGAUGAAGACCCCCGAGGAGAGCUCACCCUGGUGCACAGGGUCGUUUGCCUUGAUAACACUUUUGGCCACGACUGCAGCCUGAGGUGUGAGGACUGUCUGAACGGGGGCUGGUGUGACAGCGACCACAGCGGCUGCAUUUGCCCCCCUGGCUGGACUGGAGUUAUCUGCAAUCAGACUUGUCCCCCCGGGACCUAUGGCAGAGGCUGUGCUGGUGUCUGCAAGUGCCAGAACGGAGGCUCCUGUGACCCCGGCUCGGGGCAGUGCCACUGCCCGCCCGGAGUGCACGGCCGGCUCUGCGAGGACGGUUGCCCGAAGGGUUUCUUUGGGAAGAACUGUAACAAGCCGUGCAGCUGUGCCAACAAGGGCUACUGCCACAGACUUUAUGGAGCCUGCCUGUGUGACCCCGGGCUCUACGGGCGCUUCUGCCACCUCACCUGUCCCAGGUGGGCCUUCGGAGCGGGCUGCUCAGAGGAGUGUCAGUGUGUGAAGGAGCACACGCUGGAGUGCAACGCCAGGAACGGCUCCUGCACCUGCAAGCCUGGGUAUCACGGCAAGAAGUGUCAGAAAGAGUGCACACCUGGCUUUUAUGGGGCUGGUUGCAAGCUGAGGUGCAACUGUCCUCCUGAUAUUUUGUGUGAUCCUGAGACAGGAGUCUGCAAACAUCUGUGUCCACCUGGGUUUCAUGGAGAAAAAUGCCAUUUAUCUUGUCAACCUGGGAGCUUUGGGGUGAGCUGCAGGCAGAGGUGCAACUGUGGAGGAGCACCAUGUGAUCCAAAGACAGGGCAGUGUGUUUGCCCAGCUGGGAAGACUGGUGCUACGUGUGAGCAAGAUUGCCCAGCUGGGUGGUGGGGACCAGACUGCCAGUCCUCCUGUGAGCCCUGUGCCAACGGGGGACAGUGCAACAGAGAAACUGGAGCCUGUGACUGUCCCCCUGGCUACACUGGGGUAUCCUGCUCUGACACCUGCCCUGAUGGCUCCUAUGGACCAAAGUGCCACUUGCUGUGCAGCUGUGGCAGCAGUGCCCAGUGUCACCACGUCACUGGAGAGUGCUCGUGUCCCCCGGGCUGGACUGGCCACGGCUGCAAACACCCCUGCAGCAGCGGCCGCUGGGGCCCACGCUGUGAGAACUCGUGUGUCUGCAGCAACGGCGACGGCACCUGCGACCCCGUCAGCGGCUCCUGCCUCUGCGAGCCGGGAUUCACCGGGACACGCUGCGAGCACAGGUGCCCCGAGGGAAGCUUUGGCCCGGGCUGUGAGCACAGCUGUCAGUGCCAGAAUGGAGCUGCCUGUGACCACAUCAGCGGAGCCUGCGCCUGCACAGCGGGCUGGACAGGAACCUUCUGUGAGAGAGCUUGUCCAGAAGGAUUCUUUGGGCUUGACUGCCACCAGGUGUGCAAGUGCAAGAAUGCUGCUGGCUGUGACCACGUCCUGGGCACGUGCCGCUGCCUCCCGGGCUGGCUGGGAGAGACCUGCGAGCAGCCCUGCCAGGGGAAUAGCUACGGGCCGGGCUGCAGCAACACUUGUCACUGUCACAACGGAGCACUCUGUCAUCACGUCACUGGGACGUGCCUUUGUAGCCCGGGCUGGAAAGGAGCCACCUGCCAAGAAGGCUGCCCUCCUGGAUGGUACGGUGCAAACUGCCUCCAGCGCUGUGUCUGCCACGGCCAGGCCACGUGUGACAGUGUGACAGGAGAGUGCCAGUGUCCCCAGGGCUGGACAGGGACAGCAUGUGAGCUGGAUUGUGGGGAUGGGCAGCAUGGAGAGGGCUGUGGGCAGAACUGCAGCUGCCACCAUGGGGUGUGUGACCAGCCCUCGGGGAAAUGCGUCUGUCGUGCCGGCUGGACUGGGGACCACUGUGAUGUUGCCUGCCCCCCGGGAUAUUUUGGGAAGCGGUGCGAGGAGCGGUGUGACUGCGUCCACGGCUUGUCCUGCCACCACCAAACCGGAGCGUGUCACUGCCAGAAGGGAUGGCGAGGGAGGCACUGUGACAAACCGUGUUUGCCAGGCCGGUUUGGCACGGGCUGUGCCCAGCGGUGCCGCUGUCCCCCCGGCAGCCCCUGCCACCACCUGACGGGCGCCUGCGGUUGUCCCCCGGGAUUCACCGGCCACGGCUGCGAGAAAACUUGUCCACCGGGCACAUACGGGAGGAACUGUAACGGAGUGUGCCAGUGCUCUGCCGAGAACCAGGAAUGUCACCCUGUGACUGGAGAAUGCUCCUGCAUCCCAGGGUACCACGGUGACCAGUGCCACCUCCGGUGUCCAAAAGGUACUUAUGGUUCAAACUGCCAAAAUCCCUGUAAAUGCAUGAACGGAGGCCACUGCGACCCCGCGUCGGGAACGUGUGAUUGCGCGCCCGGUUUCAUUGGAGCCGACUGCAGUAAAACUUGCCCUGAAAACCGAUAUGGGAAGGACUGCGCCCAGUUCUGUGCCUGUGGUAAAGGUCAGUGUGACCCACGGACUGGCAAGUGCUCCUGUCCCCCUGGCCAAAUGGGACCUGGCUGUCAGCAAGUGUGUCCCCAGGGACAGUAUGGCCCCAGCUGCCACCUGACAUGUACCUGUCAGAAUGGUGGCAUCUGUGACCACGUGGAUGGCAACUGCACCUGUGGGCUGGGCUGGACAGGAAGAUCCUGUGAGAAAGCAGAAUGUCUCCCAGGGAAGUACGGGUCUGGCUGCACCUUGGACUGCUCGUGCCAGCACAAUGGCACCUGUGACAGGUUCACAGGGUGCUGCCAGUGCCCCCAGGGCUACUACGGGCACUCCUGCGAGCACAGGUGCCCCCUUGGAUUUCAUGGGCUGGGCUGUCUUAACCCCUGUACCUGUAAAAAUGGAGCGAGCUGUGAUGCAGUGACAGGACAGUGCAUUUGUCCUUUGGGGUAUCAUGGUGUCCACUGUGAAAAAGCCUGUGACAGGGGUUGGUUUGGUGAGAGGUGCCAGCGUCAGUGUGACUGCGGAGAUGCUCCUUGUGAUCCAGAGACUGGGAAGUGCCUUUGCCCACCUGGGAAGACUGGAGACAAAUGUGACAUUGACUGCAGGUCAGACCGGUAUGGCCCCAACUGCUCCCUGCGGUGCCAAUGUGCCAGCAAAUCCCAGUGCAAUCCAUACAACGGGAACUGCGCCUGCCCAGCCACGUGGAUGGGGCCAACCUGCAGAGAAGGUGGCCCUGCAAAGCUUCCUUUUUAUGAAGAACAAACUCAAGAAAAAGGGAGUAUUUUUCCAAGAACUCUACAACAGUAACAUUUGGACUAAUAAAUGGACUGUUUUAUAUGCACAGACGGUAUUUGAAUUUGGAUAUGAAAAGUUAUUCAAUUCAGCUUGAAUUGUACUGAAGUAUUCACACUUCUUAUGGAAGACUACAGAGGCCAUUUAGUAGUUGGAUCCUUUUAAAAAGCUGAAUCUGUUUCAUGUACUUCUUUCUAGCCUCUUGCCCCUCCAUUAAUCUACUCUGGCCAUUCUUUCUGAUAUUAAUAUAAUUCAUCACUUGAAAGCUCAGACAUGUUUUUAAUCAGACCAGCUCCAAAGAGUAUCAGGAUAAGCAGUGUGUAACACAUCAAUGUUCAGUGAGCCACGCCACGUAUCAGAGACUUUCUAAACCCUGUCUCCUGACAACCACCACCACCACGUUUAAUGAGUGUUUCACAGAUUAUGAAGCUGAUACAGAUCCACUGCAAAAUCACACUGCACAGAAACUAGUGGGAUUCACCAAAACGAUUCCUCUUUGAAUAACAUUGUGUGUUUUAGAGAAACAUGCAGUCUAAUUUUAAACUUGCAGCUGAAG